AUGCCUUUUCAGUUUGGGACUCAGCCAAGGAGGUUUCCGGUGGAAGGGGGAGAUUCUUCAAUUGGGCUGGAGCCUGGACUGAGCUCCAGUGCUGCCUGUAAUGGGAAAGAGAUGUCACCAACCAGGCAACUCCGAAGAUGCCCUGGAAGUCAUUGCCUGACAAUAACCGACGUUCCCAUCACUGUCUAUGCAGCAAUGCGAAAGCCACUUGCACAAAGCAGCAAGGAAAUGCAUCCCAAAUAGCACCAUUAAGUCUUUUGUAGAGGUCUGACUAGGUCAAGGGUAAUGGGCCAGGAUCAUCUUAUGAUCUGGUAAACAAAUAAAAGUGGUGGCACCUUUGGAUGAUGACAA